AUGAUGCGAGAUCUUGGGACUUUAACGACGAUUGAAGACCUUCGACAGGUCAAACAGCUGGCACAGGAGAUAGAAAAAGAAAGAGAGAGUUUAGCCGAUCAAUUGAAGGUCAAAACGGCGAAAAACGAAACAGUUUUGGAUGAGUUUGAUCUGGUAGAAAAACAGCUGCAUUUGGCAGCCAAAGACAUCGUUUCUGCCCGAAAUAGUACAGAUAUUGCGAAGCUACGAGCACAGUACGGCUCUCUGGUGAUUUUGGAUCAGAUUGAUGCCCUUUUGGCGCAAAGAGCAGCCAAAACGGCCCAGAAAGCAGCAUUGGAACAGGUGGAAAGGACACUGGACGCUAUCAAGUCCGCUGCUUCGGAAAAAAACGUUACGGAUCUACAGCUAGAACUCUGGCACGUAGAUUUGAAGGCGUCACAAGCACAGCUGCCGAGCCAAGACGUGGCUCCAGUGUUCGAAAUCUACAAUACCCUGUUACAACAACAAGCCAGUCCGCUUAUUCAGAAAUUGGAAUCCGGGCUUUUGAACUCAAGCUGGGACCAAACUCAUGGUGGAGUCAAUCCCGCUGCUUCCUCGGUGCUCGCAUCGUCCUUCAGAGACCUGUCAUCGCGGAUAUAUCGUUUAAAUGCAUUGUGGCUACCGCAACGGAGACCUGGCAACCUUUGGAAUUUUGAGUGUAUUGCCAAUAACUUCAAGAUAAAGUUCAUUUACCAUCUUGUUAACGAGUCCAUGCAAAAACCGCAUUCUGUGGAGAUGCAUUUUAAGUUUCUGGACAAAUACCUGGACCAAAACCUGUACAGAUGUGUGGACAUUUUCCAUGAUCCAACGACACCGGAUUUGAACAAAAACUUUGUACACCAGCAAUUCAUAAACCAUGUUCUUGCUCCAAUACGAGAAAAGGUCAACACCACAUUGGUCAAAAUUGUCAACGGUGCCUCGAAUGAAAACCUCAAAACUCUGGUUGUUCUCAUUUCCCAAAUCUUUAUCAUAGAUAAUGCUUUGGUUAAAAAGCAUCUUUACGAUGGUCUAGGGCUCAUUGCAAUGGCACCUGAAGAAGUGUUGAACACAUGGUUAUCUUUUGAAAUCGACUCUUCCAUUAGCCAAUUUUACAAAAUCACCAAUUAUACAAGUCUUGAAAAGAGCGGUGCCGAUUUUGCAAAGCUGCUGGAAAACCUCUACCUUUACUUCGAGCCGUUUUUCAGCGUUGAGUAUGCAAAAAUAAUGGACUACAAAUUGAAGACAACAAGGGAGAUAUUUUUGAAACUGCCACAGAACUAUCGCGACACGCUUCUCAACUCUAAGGACGAAACCGUCGCCACCGACUCAGAGCUAACGCAGUAUGAGAAGACACUUUGGAAAGCGCGUAAUUUGCAACUUAUCAGGACGACGCUCGAAAACUUCGGGGACAAAUCAAUUUUUUUUCAACUCACCGAAUACUUAAAUGCUGCCACUUCCUCAUCAUACGAGACAGUUUUCGACGAUGUACUAAAUCUCUAUGAGGACGCAAUAGUAGCUGCAAAAGAAUCGGUCAUUCAUAGGUACAAAAAACUUAUGAAUGUUGCAUUUCGGAAUUACUUCAAAGUUAGCGAUUGGAAUCAAAUAAACUCCGAACCACAACAGUGCAGUGCAGAGUUGGUCUCACCACUAAAUCUGUCGAACAAACUGGUGAGCAUGAUGGAAAGGUCGGAUUUGACUCCGGAUGUGAUUCUGGCCAUCAAAAGUGAGAUCUUGAAUAUACUGAUACACUAUAUGAUUGACUAUGUGAUCAAUCUCAACAAAUUCAACAAGUUUGGCUUAGAUCAAUUGCAUCUGGAUUUCAAAGCGCUGAAAGAUAGCUUAAGCUUUCCCUAUAGCUCUAUCCCCCAAAAUGCCGAGGAAGGCGCGUUUCUUGAAACCUUACAAAUUUUGGCCUUGAAAUACCGAGAAGACUCAAACUGCGAAGAGUUCUUGUCCAAGGUUUAUAUUAAUCACAGACAGUUUUCGGGUCUCCGCGACAAGCUUUCGAUAGAAUACUCAAGUGAUAGCGAGUUAGCAAAUGCGCUAUAUAGAAAUCUAUAA